AUGGAAAACAAGCAACUUCUAUACGAAAAUGUGACAACUGUGCUGACUUAUAUGGAGCCAAACUGCAGAUUCAAUCUAGCUCUCUAUAUUCCAUCAAUACGCAAAGCUGAAAAAGCAGCACCUCUACACAUCAACCGUUUGAAGCUUGAAGAAAAUCGUUUUGGUGUCAAUGAAACAGAAUACAAUGCGAGAGUAUACCGAGAAUGUCAGGCUAAGACCAAAGCGUUUGGAGGUGACGGAGAAGUAGAUUAUGAUUUGGACGAUGAUGGAUUCGAAAUGGGCUAUGAAGAAAACAUUCUUCCUGGAGACAUAUUAUUGGCUGAGUUAAGGACUAAUAGAAGGCAUAAGCUCAACAAAUUAAAAUGUGAAUGCUCGGAUUCUUGCAAUCAUUAUAUCCGAUUGUAUGUUUCUGGAUCUAUGACCCAAUUACCGUAUGCAAAUAUGAAGAUCUAUCAAUUGAUGAAGAGGCUUCUCACGAUUUUCUUUGGAAAUCGAAAUGGAGAAUGGACAAUUAAACAGAUGAUUCUUGAAGACAGAGUGUUGCGUUGGCCAGUGGACACACGGAAACCAAUUGUUCAAAAUAUUGAAAUCGGUCAAUAUUCUCCAUCCAAAUUGAAUGUGGUUCAGUCACUUAUCGAUUCAAGUGUCCCAUUAACCAGUCUCAAAAUGGGAUUCUUUACUUCCAGCCUAUCAGACCAUCCACUUUUGAAAAAUUCUGAACAUCUGAUCAUUUCCGGCUAUCCACCAUAUCGUAGUCUCCCUGAUUUGUUCCCGCUUCAAAUUCAAAAAAUGUCGAUUACAACUGGAAUUCAAGUGCAUCAUCACGAAAUAAUAAUUUUCAAAUUGAUGGAGAAACCGCGCCCCAUUGGAGUUUGUUAUUCAUUUUUCACUUAUGCCAAGAAAGAUCUCAGUACACUUGAUCUCCCGGAGGUGCUUGAAAUAUCCACAGACUAUAUGAAAUUGGCAAUGGGAAGUGAAGCUGUUGUUGUUGUUCAAUAUACAAAGGAUGAUAGGAGAACUUGGUUAAAUAUGGAAGUUGUUUCAAGGAAGAUAUAG